AUGGCGUCCAACAUGUACUUGGUCCGCCAGCGGAUCAGCCGGCUCGGCCAGAGGAUGUCCAACUUCCAGCUCAACCUCAACCCGCUCAAGGAGCCCCUCGGCUUCAUCAAGGUCCUCGAGUGGGUUGCUUCUAUCUUUGCUUUUGCCACCUGUGGAGGUUUUAAAGGCAAAACAGAAAUUCUAGUGAAUUGUCCUCCUAAAGUUUCUGACAAUAAAACCAUUACGGCUACUUUUGGUUAUCCAUUCAGGUUGAAUGAGGCAUCAUUUCAGGCUCCUCCAGGAAAUAUAUGUGAUGUAGGUUGGAACAAGUUUGUCCUUGUUGGAGAUUACGCUUCUUCUGCACAAUUCUAUGUUACAUUUGCAGUCUUUGUCUUCCUGUACUGCAUUGCUGCUCUUCUGCUCUAUGUUGGUUACACAAACCUAUAUCGGGAUAGUCGAAAACUUCCCAUGAUUGACUUUAUUGUUACUCUUGUUGUCACAUUCUUGUGGCUGGUGAGCACUUCAGCCUGGGCUAAAGCUCUUACAGAUAUUAAAAUAGCUACCGGUCACAGUAUUGUCAAAGAACUUGCACCCUGUCAUUCUGAAAGAUUGAUGUGUCAUUUUGGCUCUGUGACUGGUAUGGGAUCCCUAAAUGUAUCUGUGAUCUUUGGCUUUCUGAAUAUGAUACUUUGGGGAGGAAAUGCAUGGUUUGUGUACAAGGAGACCAACUUACACAGUCCAUCAAAUACUUCUGCUUCUCACACCCAAGGAGGUAUUCCACCUCCUACUGGAAUAUAA